CCGGGCCGGAGGGAGCGGAGCGGAGAGGAGCGGGGGAUGCGGGGCCCGGGCGCAGCAUGCUGUGGGGAGUCGGGCUGGCGGCGCCUCGCUCCUGCGUGGCGGACUUGAGCCGCAACCGCAGCCUGUCGCUGGGCUGGUGCGCGGGGCCCGAGGAGCCGCCGCCCGCGCUCUAUGGGGGCGAGCUGGUCGCCUUCCCGCUGGCGGGCGCGGGGGCGGGCGGCACCAUGGCGGCGCUGGGCUCCGACUCGUGGUGGAAGAAGACGCUGUACCUGACGGGCGGCGCGCUGCUGGCCGCCGCCGCCUACCUGCUGCACGAGCUGCUGGCCAUCCGGAAAGAGCAGGAGAUUGAUUCAAAAGAUGCUAUCAUACUGCAUCAGUUUUCAAGGCCCAACAACGGCGUUCCGAGUCUGUCACCUUUCUGUCUGAAAAUGGAAACAUACCUAAGGAUGGCUGACCUCCCCUACCAGAACUAUUUUGAUGGAAAACUUUCCCCUCAAGGAAAAAUGCCUUGGAUUGAAUACAAUCACAAAAAAGUGUCUGGCACUGAGUUCAUUAUUGACUUUUUGGAAGAGAAACUUGGAGUGAAUUUAAAUAAAAAUCUUGGUCCACGAGAAAGAGCUGUUUCCAGAGCAGUGACAAAGAUGGUGGAGGAGCAUUUCUAUUGGACUCUAGCUUAUUGCCAAUGGGUGGAAAACCUUCACGAGACGCAAAAGAUGAUUUCAGUUUACGGCCCUCUCAGUGAUUUGCUGAAGUGGAUUCUCUGCCAUCUGACCAAAGGGAUCGUGAAGCGGGAGAUGUACGGUCACGGAAUUGGCCGCUUCUCUGAGGAGGAGAUGUACACACUGAUGGAGAAGGACAUGAGGACUCUAGCAAGUCUCCUGGGUGACAAAAAGUACAUUAUGGGACCAAACCUGUCCACUGUUGAUGCCACAGUUUUUGGUCAUCUGGCACAGGCAAUGUGGACACUGCCAGGGACUAGACCAGAGAGACUAAUCAAAGGUGAACUCAUUAACCUUGCUAUGUAUUGUGAAAGAAUAAGGAGGAAAUUCUGGCCAGAAUGGCAUCAUGAUGACGAUAAUACUCUGUAUGAAUCUGAGGAAAGCAGUGACACAAGCAAGACUCACUCCCCCUUGCAGGACUUCAGUUUUUAUUCAAGGACAGAAACAUUUGAUGAGGAAGGGAACAGUAUUUCUCAUACUCCUGACACAGAUUACACUGGACACUCCCUUUUUGAUUCAGAUGUGGACAUGGAUGACUACAGAGAUCACGAACAAUGCAAAUGAUGCAUACAAGCAUCUCUUGUUUUGCAGACAAGCUGUUUCUUGGGAUCAGUUGGAUUUAUUUUUUGCUCCAGGUUGGGAGAAGGUUGGUACCACCUCCAAGAGACCAUUGCGCUUGACUUGGCUGUCACAUGCUACCUGGACUAUCUCAACCUUAUUUCAUUUUGUGUAAUUGUUCAGGUGGAACCAAGGUAAACAGUUAUUUAAAACACACUGUGGGCAGAUGUGUGUCCAGAUGACAACAGAAACUUUCAAUCUACGUUCUUGCUUCCAUUGCAAAACAGAUCCCACAGUUGAGUGGGAGAAAACUCCAGGAGGUGGAGCAUUUGUAAUAGCUGGUUUCUGUUGAUAUCUUUACAGGUAUGGGUCAAGGACAAAAGAGGAAGAGGUGUUACUGGCACACGUUUCUCACGUGGAAGAAAAUUAUUGAUGCUGAUUUGGUGCAGUUUCAGGAAAGUUUUGAUAGCUACCUGCAGUCUGGGUGAUCACAAUGUGUCUGCAGGAAUCAACUGCUCCUGGUUCUUUCAGAGACAGACAAGGAAGGCAGAAGGAAAAUGUGUUUCUACAGAAGGGAACACUUUAGCAUUUCUUGUUCUUUGCAGAAGGUUGAAUAUUUUUAUUCAAAAGAAGAAUGUCAGUUUUAAUGUAUAAUCACCCACAUGCUAAUCUGGAAAGUGUGUUGGCCGAAGUCUGGCUUCAGGCCUUUAAAUCUCUUCUGUGUUUUUGAAUUAUUAGAUGUUUGUACUUCCUGCCACCAGCUGCUACUGAUUUAGAGAAAUGGGAUUCAUUACUGAAAGACUGGAGCAUCACAGCAGUGGGUGGUUUGUGUUCUUUAUGGAAAGACACAUCAAACCUUUAAAGUUUGCAAAGGAACUUGAAGUGUUUUUAGGUGUGAGGUGCUGUGUAAAUAUAAGGUGUAAUCCUGCAAUCAUAUGCUUUAGAGCUGGCUGGGACGGUGGGCGGUUGCUGGCUUAUAAUGCACAGUUCCUAAAGGCAGUGUGUGGGAGCAAGCUGUGAGAAGACAGUGGUGUCACAGCAUAUUCUGUGAGGAUUUCCAGGAGCUGAAAUAGUGACUAGGGUUGAUCAUAAGGCCUCUUUGGUGCCAUACUUGUGAAUCUGGAGAACCAAAGCAAGAAUAGCUGCACAGGUGCCGAUGUGUUCUGGUGUCGGUGUGAAGAUAAGAAUGGAUCCACUGGGUUGGCCCACCUGUUUGAAGUUAAGCAUCUACACCUGUGUUGCUUGAUAGUGAGUGGUUGAUUUUAAUUAAAAAGCAUAUGGAAAUUACAGAUGACCCUGGUCUUUGUAGAAGUGUAGAAAAUCGAGUUUUAUCUGCAUAAGUUGGUGGUAGCCUGUUGAAAUUACUUUCAUCGGGACUUUCUCAUUGAGUUACAUUUCCAUGAAUCACGACCUCUCAGCAGAAAUUUUGUCAUAUGUUGAUUCUAAGAAUAGGCAGGACACAAGUACGUUAUGAUGUUAGUUGCUGAUGGUCCUAGUAGUCUGGAGAUUGAACUAACUCCAGCUUUCAAAGAACGUAUCCCUUUCCUGCACUAUAGAUUGUCUUUGACAGGAAGAAGCUUGUUGCAGGGAACACCCAGCUAGCCAUGGCUCUGCAAGCAGAGGGGACAAAGUUGCAGUGAAUUCCUGUGUCUCUUCCAAGUCUGAGAGCUACUGCAGUGAGAGCAGGCAGUUUGGUCUGAGGUGAGCACAAACUUGCAUCUAUUUCCUAAAUUCCCAACACAUUUGCUUGAAGCUGUGCUCCAGCCUUGUAAUCAUGGGCAAGUCUCUAUUGUCAUGUUUGCAAAAGCAAAAUGAACCAAAACUGAGGAGGGGGAAGGUAUGAUCCAGUUACCUGGGACCCUUUUUAGGAAACUAAGCACAGGAACAGGUCACAAGGACAUGAGUCUUGGGCUUGAAAGCACAAGGGGCAAUGGUCUGACAUGCCUGUGAAACUUUGCAGGUAAGUCAGGGCAGGUGCAAACAUUUAGAUACUGUUAUUCUGGAUAAAAAGCAUGUACAUCAAGAAGCUCCUCUUAAAAAAUACUCAUGAUUUUGGAAUUCUGGUCAAGACAUUCUCAUUUCUUUAUCCAUCUUUUCAGCAUUAGGAGAGUGUGUUUCCAGGUAUGGAGCCCCUGCUGGCUCCAGAUGAAUCCCAGCAGUGAGUCAUGGUUAUUAAAAGACCAGCCUGAGUUCAUUGGACAGAGUCAUAUUUAUAAUUUUCCUGGGCUCACAAGUCUGUCAGUGGCAGCGAUGCUUGGGGCAUCCCAAAAGGCAAACUGUCCAGAAGCCAGUGAUGUAAUUUUGCCCUGUCAUAUGUAAGCAUUUGGAUAUCACGUGACGAUAUGUGGCAGUGGGCACAGAAAUUGGCAUCACUGCCAUGGUACAGAGCUGGUGUCAUGUUGUGGUCUUCUAUAUCUGAAAGUUUUCUUGGUGAGUGCCCAGUGCUUUGUUCCUAGAAUUGCUUCUGUGAUGCAUCUGAUAUUGUACAUCGUAGGGCACGUGUAUGCAUUUAUAUAUAUACACACAUACAUAUGCUAUUAAAAAUAUGUGUGUGCAUAUAUAAGAAUAUGUGAGUGAAUAUAUGUAUGUGUAAGUUUUGGUGCCAAAAGAAGCCGAAUGGUGAGAAAUAAUCUGGGGAUUCAUCCUCAGCAGAGCCUUGACUUCGCUUUGGUAAGUGUGGUGAUGGGCUUUCUUGCAGAAAAGUGAAACACAGUGGAUCUGAAGGGGCUGUGGAGGGGGAAGGAACUUUUUGUUGUCAGCUGAUAUUUUUUUCAGUGCUGUAAUCAGUUGGGUGAAUGUAUUUUGUAGCAUGUCACAUGCCUUCCAGUUCUUAGGAACUACUCAGGUUAUUUUAGAGAAGUUACUCAAUAAGUAGCUUUCUCCUUAUGACGGCUAUUCUAGGUACUGUGUUUCUGUGUUUGGCUGUGUUUCAAACUAGAGGUGAAAUUAGAAAACAGCAUUUAUUUAGGAAUUGGUGUGUGUAGUAUUUUGUCAAGGUCUGGUAGUAAAUCCUUGAGUUAAUUUAUCCUUUCCAGAAACAAAUAUUGUCUGUUAGACCUGUGUUAAGGAUUUAAUCCAAGAGUUUCUCUUUUGGAAGCUGGCCUUGGCAAAAUAUUUAUGGGGAAAAGAUAUUUAGAAAAAGAAAUUGCUUUGUUAACAUCCAUGAAAAAGUGUUAGAUAGUCUUGGUUUACAUGGAGGAAGAGUGGACAAGAAUUGUCCUCAACAAAAAUGAAACACAGUUAAGUUUUCAACAUUUUGCUAAAAGGGCAAUGUUUCCUUAGUCCUGCAAAGGUGUUCUCCCCUUGCUCAUUUCUUUUUUUUAUCUCCAUGCUUGAGGGGCUCUGCAAACCCUACAAACUGUCUGAAAGCAUCUUAGAGUCACAUGGUUGGAAGGGACCCACGGGGAUCACCAAGUCCAACUCCUGGCUCCACACAGCACCACCCAGAAUUCAAACCCCAUGGCUGAGAGCAUUUUCCAAAUGCUUCCUGAACUCCGGCAGCCUGGGACCGUACCCACUGCCCUGGGCAGCCUGUUCCAUGCCCACUGCUCUGUGGUGAGGAACCUUUCCCUAAUGCCCACCCUGAUCCUCCCCCGAUGCAGCUCCAUGACUCUUUAUGUUCCUUGGGCUCUUUCAUUUUUUUCCUCUGCUUUUUUUCUCCCUCACUCUCCCCUGAUCAAAACCGCAAUGGAAGUUUGCUGCAAGCACCCCGCAGGCCCUGACCGUGGUGCUGCAGGGGCCAGGAAACCAGGUGUCACCGCAGUGCUGAAACCCAGGACAGCCCAGGAGCACCGACUGCCUGCUGUGUGAGGUAUGAAGGCCUUUUGAAGCUGAAGGGUGAAAGUGACCACGAUUUUGUGCCUGAGGUGAUGCUGACCCUGCAAGGGUUUUUUAGUGACUGGGGACUUCUUGUAGGGCAGCAUUAGAAAGGGUUCAGGAGCCUGUGUCAUGAGAGCCAAGUGCAUGGGAGGUGCUGGAGAGCAGACCUGGUGGUGGUCCCAGCCAUGACUGCAGGCUGGCCUGGGGAAGCAGCAGGGUGGGCAUGGGAGCAGGCAGUGUGUGUGAAGGGCCUCGUUCGUGAGUAGGGAGAGGCUCUUUGACUUCACUGUGGGACAGUGUGGUUGCACCAUUUUUUAAGUCUGAACACUGCCAAAUACUGAGUAUUGUAUUUAUUUUAUAUUUCCGUAAUACUUCUGUGAGGGAAUGAUAAUUGGUCUUCUCUCCCUCAUUUGGCAAAUGGGAAUUAAAAAAAAUACUCUGUGUUCCCACUGUAGUUAAAUUUAAGGCAGCCUGGUUUGUGGGUUUUUAAUUUUUUUUUUUGAGCUGUGGAUUGCAGUGUUUGAUUGUGUAACGCUGUCAUGUCAGGAUGGAUUUGUGUGUCAGUGUCAGCAUUGCUGGCUCUGUCAGCAGAGCUCACUGUUACCAAGUGGGGAGAUAGAUGCUGGGCUGUAUAAGUCCUACAGAAAUUGUACAAAUGUGGUGCUUGAUUUAAGAACCAAACCAAACCUGAUGUUUCAGAUCUGGAGGACUGUUUCCAUCCAAUUACAACACUGCAAGUCACACAUUUUGAUCUUUAAAACCUUGGCAAUGUCCCUCCAGAUCUGUAUUCUCUUUGAAAAAAUAUUGCCUGAAAUAUUUCUGCAGCAAUAGUUCAGGCACAAAUUUCUUUUUGUCAGUGAUGUCUGCUCAAGUAAUCAUGACAGCUUCAUACUGUUUUCAUUGAAAGGGUUGUAUCUGUCAGAUACUCAGCCGUACAAAAUACUGCCUUCUGGAAAAGUGUGUUAUGUGCAGAUUUAUGCAGGGCAGCUCACCAAGCAAAAUUUCUGUGGCAGGGGAUGAAUUCAAGUGGUUCUUGUCCUCAGAUGUUUGAAGAAUUUGAAUCUGUUUCCUGACAAGUAGCUACUUAAUCUAACCCCUCCAUCACCAAAUACUGCAAAAUUAUAAAUCAGGCCUAUCAUCAAAAUAAAGCAAAUUAUGGUCUUUAAAUGUAGAGUUAUGUUGAACAGCCCUGUAGCUGGUAUAUGGAAAUGGAUAUACGUAGUGUAGGGGUGAGUCAUUCCCAUACCUGUCAGUGGCUGUGAUCUGGAGGAACAUCCAAGCUGCACUGUCUGAUCUGUGGACAAGGAGGAUUAGAGGUACCCUUGAAUGACCACAGUGAUUCUCAGCAGCAUAUUAGUGCUUCUGUAUCUGUGUGUGCUGCACCGUGCCUCAGCUGCUUGUUACCACUGAGGACGUAGUGGAGGGGCUUCCUUAAUGCUGCUGCUCAGGUGGGGCUGCUGCUUUGCUGUUGUCCUGUACCGAUGCUGUGUUCUGUGUCCAUGUGAUAAAGGAGAAGAAUCCCUUUUGGUCUGGCUCCUUUACAUGGCACUGCAGUGGCUGUGGCUUCCUUCUGAUGGUGCCCAGUGGUGUGUGUGGGCCAUCGUGACCCACUGGUGUCCUGUCAAGGGGAGACCUUCUCCAUCAUCCCAUACUGUGUCGGCCUCCUGUGUGACGGUGAAAUGGUUGCGUGGAGUUUCAGGCUAGUGACCUCAAUCUUUACAGCUUCGCUGUAGGUGGGAAAAGCAUUGCAGCACGGAUCAGCUCUGUCUCAGCAAUUUUGGGUAGUGCUCUGUGAUGGCCAUUGUGAAGAGCUUUUUUUGCACGCCUUCCCUUACGUGCUAACAUGAAGAACUUCUCAGCGGAGAUUUUCACAGGUUCCUGAGGUGUUUGGAAAGAAACGGGAUGUGUGUGUGCAGUAUGGGAAUCUUAAUCAAUGAAAACGUUCAGUGAGUCACUGCGGUGCUGAGCUGUGAGUACUGUAUUCUGUUUGCCCUGCUGGCAGAUUUUGAGGCCAGAGAUAGUUAUGGACAUUGAGUGUGACUCAUACAUAAAAAGGACCAUAGAAUUUCAUCUUAACGAUAUCCACAUCCAGCUCAACAAACUUAAGCAGAAACAGAGCAUCUGCUUCCAAAAGGCAUUCAGCUUCUGCAGAAUGGCAAGAUCCUGCCCCUUUGAAGUCACUGGCAGGAGUGCCAUUGGCUUCAGAAAGGCCAGAGGUUUCCAACUGGGCUUCCAAGUGACCCAGAAUUUAUCACUUCUCUCAGUCCUUUGUCUGAGUCACUUGGAAGCCCUCAUGUAGAAAUUUAUGUUACCAGGGCUGUUCACUAGAGGAAGGCAAACAAGAAACUGGUUGGUUGUUUUUUAAACUCUUAAAAAAAAAGACUUUAAAAAAAAAAACCUUUUUAAGCUUCACUUGUUGUGAUGAUAUUGUCACUGGGCACGGUGUAUGCUCUUCCCUUGCUUUUUAAUUUGUUCUUAAGAGUGGUCGUCUUUUGACUGUACAGGUUUUUAUUUUUCAGAAUACUUGAAGAAUGCGGGCCCCAAAGUUUUAACCUUCAGGGUGCAAAAUCAGCCAAGAACAAAGCAUAUAUGGGUGGGUAUGGGGGAGGGAUGUAUCCAGCUCUGUACAGUGUACAAGGUUUUCCUAACAAAGUGGAGUAACACAUUGCUAAAUGAGGACUUUAAUGCUGUAGCUGCGUUGUGUUGUUUGUUGAUGAAUUCACAAGACAUACAUUAUUUUAGCACUGUUAUUACUACUAGUUUACAAAGCCAUAUUUAAAAUUGUACACUUAAUUGUAACAUAACUUUAAAUUGUGUACUGUGUUGAUUCCUGUAUGUAUAUAUGAAAAUCUGUAUAUUUUGUCUUUAUGCCACAUGUCAUUGGUGUAUAAAUUACAAGUAAUGGAUCUAAAA